AUGACCUGUCGGAAAAUAUCUGGCGCGCGUGCAAAUCCAGAACAUGCAGAAAGUGAAAAAGUGCGACAAAGAGCAGACAGUUUUGGAACGGGCAUUGGCAAAGUAAGCGCAUUCGCCGGCCGCCGUGGUGGGCGAUUUAUACCGAGCCAAGCAGAAGACUUGGCCGCGUGGGAUUUUGGAACAUUGGGCCGAAGUGGAAGUAGUUCAAUGGCAUCGGUGGUCGACUCGAGCCAUUCGCGCACCAGUUCCUUCGGUCUCGCGGGUUCUACUGAGGAUGCCCGGAAAGCGAUAUUGGAAAAGGAAGCGGAAAAUCCUUUGGAAAAAGUGUGGUCUGAGGAGUUGAGCAAGUCAAAUGUUCAGCCAAUAGAUGAUGACGAAUAUGUAUUGUAUGAGCCAGAUUCUUCCACUGAAACUCUUGCAAGUGGAGCAAUGACUUCUACCACUAUAAUUAAGUCAACUCCACGCAUGAUUGGGACAAUAAUGGAGCAGAAUGCGUCCAGUGGAUCCAGUCGGUCUCCGUCUCCAGUGCUUUCCAAAGUAAAGAAGUCAACAACAGAGAAUGAAGAGCCGGAAGCGGCUUCUCAGGUCACGGAAGAGUCCUUUUCGGCUAAGGAGAUUCCUCGACAAAAUUCCGACAUGCAACCGCAAGCAACAACUGAAAGUGAACAUUCGGAAAGUGGUAUUCUGGGGGGCAGACGACAAACCACACAAGAACUCAGCUAUACAGCUGUGGGCUGGAGUCGACCUGACGCCAUGCAGAAGUCCGCAUCGCGAUAUACUCACCCUGACAAAAAAUCGAUCAUUAAAUCUGAAUAUGCGAUUAUAAAACCAUCGUAG